CAAAGGUAGGCGGGUGCUUCCACCCCAGCAUCCCGGCGGGCCGGGUCACAGCCGGGCCGCAGCUUGCCAGGGGCCUCACCGCCCCCGCCGUCUCCCCUUCCUCCCCUCCCCCCGGGAGGGAGGAGGAGACUCCCCGGCCCUCCCUUGGCCCUCCCGGCGGCCGUCGCAGCCAGCCCCGUGCCCGCUCCGCCCAGCCGCUGCGGGUCGGACGUCUGGAGCCCGCUGGUCCCCGUUCGAGGUCCGAGGAGGCGCCCCCACCCGGUGGCCGGGAGAGCUGUGAGGAGCAGCAGUCAUCAUGCACAGUGGUGUCGCAUCGGCCACGCGUACCCAGUGCGGUCCCUGAGUCUGGCCGCGAGUUCAAACCCAGGGCCCGCCAGCCGGCUCACACCAUGAGCCACGGCCCGAGCCCCCGGCUGGCCGAGUCCCCGCAGCUGUCCAAGGGCAGCCUCCUAACCAUCCUGGGCAGCCCGUCGCCGGAGCGCAUGGGCCCGGCGGACUCCCUGCCGCCCACGCCGCCCAGCGGCACGCCCUCACCCGGGCCGCCUCCCGCGCUGCCUCUGCCGCCGGCGCCCGCACUUCUGGCCGACGGGGACUGGGAGAGCCGCGAGGAGCUGCGGCUGCGGGAGCUGGAAGAGGCGCGCGCGCGGGCGGCGCAGAUGGAGAAAACCAUGCGCUGGUGGUCGGACUGCACGGCCAACUGGCGUGAGAAAUGGAGCAAGGUGCGCGCCGAGCGCAACCGCGCGCGCGAGGAGGUGCGCCAGCUGCGCCAGAGGCUGGACGCGCUCACCAAGGAGCUGGCGGGCGCUCGGCGCGAGCGCCAGGAGGUGCAGGGCGAGUGCGAGGCGCGGGGCCGCGAGCUGGCACGGCUGCGGGGCGCCCGGGGAGCCGCCGACCCGACUCCAGAUGGACCCGAGACCGAGCUGGAGCGAGAGCAGGAGCCGGUGCGCGAUGUCGGGUCCGAGAGGCCCCCGGGCAGCCAGGAGCUGGAGCUCGUGGAGAGCCUGCUGAAAGGCAGACCAGAAGAGCCCGAGGGCUGCUGGGAGGCACGCAGCAUGGGGGCCGGGGGCCCACGGGGCAGCUCGGGCCGCCAGGAGCGCAGCCGGCUGCCCUGGGAGGACACAGCCACCAUCGAGGAGGAUGCCUCCAAGUUGACGGCCCUACGACUGCGGCUGGAUGAGUCCCAGAAGGUGCUACUCAAGGAGCGAGAGGAUAAACUGGCACUGAGCAGGAACAUUGAGAAGCUGGAGGGGGAACUCAGCCAGUGGAAGAUUAAGUACGAGGAGCUAAGCAAGACCAAGCAGGAGAUGCUCAAGCAAGCUCCCAUGGCCACCAGAGGGCGCAGCCACCCAGAGAAAGCUUGGCUGGACAGGCUGCUUUUCCAGAAGCUCAGCAUCCUGAAGGAGGCCCACCAGGACGAGCUGGGCCGCAUGUCUGAAGACCUGGAGGACGAGCUGGGUGCACGGUCCAGCAUGGACAGGAAGAUGGCUGAGCUAAGGGGCGAGAUGGAGCGGCUACAGGCAGAGAACGCAGCUGAGUGGGGUCGCCGUGAGCGGCUGGAGACUGAGAAGCUGGGCUUGGAGCGGGAGAACAAGAAGCUGCGGGCGCAGGUUGGGGACCUGGAGGAGGCCCUGGCCCGGCGGCGGCGACAAACAGCAAGCGCACUGGACUGCGACCUGCGGGCCAGUCAGGCCGCGCUCUUCGAGAAGAACAAGGAGCUGGCAGACCUGAAGCAUGUGCAUGGCAAGCUGAAGAAACAGUUCCAGGAGAAGGUAGCCGAGUUGACGCAUGCCAGCCGGCGGGUGGAGCAGCACGAGGCCGAGGUGAAGAAGCUGCGGCUGCGGGUGGAGGAGCUCAAGAAGGAGCUGGCCCAGGCUGAAGAUGAGCUGGAUGAGGCCCACAACCAGGCACGUAAGCUGCAGCGGUCGCUGGACGAGCAGACAGAGCAGAGCGAGAACCUGCAAGUGCAGCUGGAGCAUCUGCAGUCCAGGCUCCGCAGGCAGCAGCAGAAUGCCCCCCUCUUUGGGAAGAUUCGCACUGCUCGCUUCGGCACUGAGGAGGCCGGGGAUGGAGCUAGCGACCUGGAUGAGGACGAGGACCUGCAGAUCCAGGUGGCCUAGAGCUCCCGGGGCUGGCAGGACUGGCCCUCGGCCACAGACCCCCUGGGUGCCCAGGCUGACCAGCCAGUCGAACUGAUACAGCUGCCUGUGUUCACUCUUGAAACAACCCCGCUCCCUGCCACGGACAACUUCCUUCUUUCCCAGGGGCGGGGUGUCAAUGGUCCCACCCUGCCAGCACCCCUAGAAGGAAAACCAUGGCCUAGGUUUUAUAUAUAUGUAUAUUUUUAUAUAUAUGCCCGGGGCCCUUGGACCCAUUUGGUUUUAUAAACACUAAACCGCUCCGAGGCCUGGUCCAGGCCCCCACCCACCCAGGACCUUCGUGCAGGGCGGAGAAGGAGGUCAAGAGAGGGUGUUGGGGGCCUG